AUCCCCGCUUCAUCGUAAUCAUUCAGUAUUCAGUAUUCCAUGAUUGUGGACGGGCUAUAACUUUGUUAAAGGCUGAAGAGAUUGCGAUUAAAAUGGUAAUUGGAUGGGCCCUCAGAUUGAUCUCAGUCAGUUUUCAGUUUGAUAACUGUAUCCGCAGCAGGGUUGCCGCCCACCCAGGAAACAGGGUUGCCCUGGCACUGACAUUACACGUCAUUGUUUUGACAGUUUUACGUUGAAAUUCGAUUGAUUCUCCGUUUGGUCUGCAAGCGGAAAUGGAUCCUGUCGUCGUCGAGAUCGUUGACGUACCCGACGACCGGUGGUACCUGUGCACCAAGUGCUUUCAACGCUUCCUGUGGGUCGAGCUCUCGUCGCGGCAGCUUAGCUGCCGCCGCUGCCGCCUGGCCGAAAAGGAGUGCGCCAUCUGCGACCAAUUAUUCGAGCCAACGAAUGGCCAGCAGCGGUACUGCAAGCGCUGCGACUACUUUCUGAUGCGGCACGCCUUCGGAAAGCAGCCGCCACCGACGCGGGAGAAGGCCGCGCUGCUGUUGCAGUUGCAGCUCAAGAUUCCCACACUCCCGCUCGGUGACCGAGCGUGUGCUCAAGUGUGCGGCCGGCCUGGGGAAGGAUGUGAAUUUGAGUGAUUGAAUAAACCCCCCGAUCACG